ACCUUAUCUUUUUCGGUUUUUUAAAAAAUAAUAAAAAAAAAAAUUAGUGAAGUAAUUUUUACAUAACAUAUAACAUUACAUAACAUUAAAUGAAUCAGAAUCUGGAAAAAAAAUUGUUUUAAUAAAAUCAUUAUUCUAGGUUCAAGUUAUUAAAAUAAAUAAUGAGUGCCUUAUAAAUAUUUUAUUUAAGUAUUAUUUAAAAAAAAAAUAAUUUUUGGAAUCUUAGACGAAAAAAUACACCAUAUAAUUUUAAGGAAUUUUAAAAAGAAUAAUUCAUCAAUGUUGAAUAAUAAUAGAAAUUUUCUCAUCGACACAUAAAUGACAAUAACAAAUCAAAUAUUCACUAAGUAAUUGUAUACAUACUACAUAGAAUAGAGCUAGGCUGUAAGACAAAAAUUUUUUUUUUUGGUUUAAAUAUUUACUAGUUAUAUAAGACAAUCAUUUUACCGCCAUUUACGACACAUUUAUAUGCACAAAACAUAUUACAUUCAUAUAGAAUAUUAAAAUAAAAUACGAUUAUUAUACAUUCGAAUAAAAAGGUACUUUUUGUCAAAAAAAAAGUCAAAAAUAUAUUUUUAUAAAAAAAUAAAGGAGAAGACAAGAAAAUAUAAAAAUGUCAGAUAUUCCAUCAUUUGAAAUGGGAUCAGUUGAUCGCCCAAAUCGUUUUCAAGUUAAUCCAGUAAAUCAUAAAAACGAUGGAAAAGAUAAAAAUAAUUCAGAUACAACACCACAAGAAACAUAUCGUAGAUUACCAAAUAAUGAUGGUGAACCAAUAGAGGAUGAUGCAUUUAAUGAAGACACUUCACAAAUGGUUAAAAAGGCAGCACCAACAACUAAAUUACAAAAAAUUAAAAGCAGUUUUCGUGAUAAAGAUAAACCAUCAAGAUUUAAAGAUUCCCAGACAACACGUUUUCAAGUUGCACCUAGAAAUGAUGAUGAAUCUGAUGAUACAAAUGAUUCAAAUGAAGAUAGAGAAUUAUUGGAGAAUGAAUAUGAUACAAAAUAUGGUAAAAGCUUUAGGCAUUUCACAAGAGAAGCUCUACCCAGACUUGAUAAUUAUCGUAAUAUAAUGUCAAUUCAAGCUGCAUACCGUCCAACUUUAGAUGAAUUACAUAAUGCAACUUUAACAAAUAAAAUGACACACAGUUUAAGUCGUAAUGAAGAUGCUGAGGCAGCAAUGCAAGGUAUCUUAAAAUUUGGUUGGAUUAAAGGCGUAUUAAUAAGAUGCCUUUUAAAUAUAUGGGGUGUUAUGUUAUUUUUACGAUUAAGUUGGGUUGUUGGACAAGCUGGUAUGCUACAAGGAACAUUAUUAAUUGUAACAACAACAGUUGUUACUUCAAUAACAGCAUUAUCAAUGUCAGCAAUUAGUACGAAUGGUGUUAUAAAAGGCGGUGGAACAUAUUAUAUGAUAUCACGCUCAUUGGGUCCUGAAUUUGGUGGCUCAAUUGGUUUGAUAUUUUCAUUAGCAAAUGCAGUAGCUUGUGCUAUGUACGUGGUUGGAUUCUGUGAAUCAAUGAUAGAUUUAAUAAAAUCAUUUGGUGCUACAAUAACUGGUAAUGAUAUUAAUGAUGUACGAAUAAUUGGAAGUAUAACAAUAUUUAUACUUCUGGUAAUUGUGGUAGUUGGAAUGGAAUGGGAAGCAAAGGCUCAAAUAGUACUUCUCAUCAUUCUUUUAUUUGCUAUUGGAGAUUUUGUGAUUGGUUCUAUAAUUGGUCCAAAAAGUGAAUUGGAAUUUGCUAAAGGAUUUCUGGGAUAUAAUGGGACAUUAUUCGCUGAAAAUUUAUAUAGUGAUUAUCGUGGAUCAAAUGAUUUUUUCUCAGUAUUUGCAAUAUUUUUCCCAGCAGCAACUGGUAUUUUAGCUGGAGCUAAUAUUUCUGGUGAUUUAAAAGAUCCACAAAAAUCAAUACCAAAAGGAACAUUACUUGCUAUUUUAGUAACAUCUGCAACAUAUAUUGCUAUGGUAUUUAUGGUUGGUGGUACAGUUGCACGUGAUGCUACCGGAAAUCUAACAGAUAUUAUGAAUGAUUCAUGGGCAUUCUUAGAUUGUUACAAUAUGACUUGUGAAUAUGGUACACAAAAUUCAUUUCAAGUUAUAGAAUUAGUUUCUGGAUUUGGGCCAAUCAUAUAUGCUGGAUGUUUUGCUGCUACUUUAUCAUCUGCCUUAGCAAGUUUGGUAUCAGCACCAAAAGUUUUUCAGGCUUUAUGCAAGGAUGAACUUUAUCCAAAAAUAAUUUGGUUCGCAAAAGGAUAUGGUAAAAAUAAUGAACCAGUUCGAGGAUAUAUUCUAACAUUCUUUAUUGCAAUAGCUUUCAUCUUAAUUGGAGAGUUGAAUGCGAUUGCACCUUUGAUAUCGAAUUUCUUUUUGGCUGCCUACAUGUUAAUUAAUUUCAGUACAUUCCAUGCAAGUUUAGCAAAACCAGUAGGUUGGCGUCCUACUUUCAAGUAUUAUAAUAUGUGGUUAAGUUUAAUUGGAGCCAUUUUAUGUGUUGCUGUUAUGUUUUUAAUAUCAUGGAGUACAGCUUUAAUCACAUUCGCUUGUGUACUUGCAUUGUACUUAAUUGUUUCAUACCGAAAACCUGAGGUAAAUUGGGGUUCUACAACGCAAGCACAAACUUAUAAAAAUGCUUUAUUAUCUGUACAAAAUUUGAAUAAUGUUGAAGAUCAUGUUAAAAAUUAUAGGCCACAAAUUUUAGUUUUAUCUGGACUUCCGAAUACAAGACCCAUUCUAGUGGAUUUUGCAUAUUUAUUAACAAAAAAUAUUUCAUUAUUAGUUUGUGGUCAUGUUUUAAAAGGAACCAGUUCACAACGUUUUAGAAAUUAUUUAAAUAAUCGUUCAACCGGUUGGUUCCGUAAACAUCGUGUCAAAGGUUUUUAUUCACUUGUUGAUGGUGAAGAUUUUGAAACUGGUGCAAGAGCUUUAAUGCAAGCAUCUGGUAUUGGAAAAUUAAAACCGAAUAUUCUUUUAAUGGGCUUUAAAAAUGAUUGGCAAACAUGUGAUAAAAAGGAAUUGAGUCAGUAUUUUAAUGUUAUGCAUAAGGCUUUAGAUAUGUAUUUGUCGGUAGCAAUUUUACGUGUUGAAAAAGGUUUAGAUUAUUCACAAGUAUUAGGAGAAGAAAGUAAUGCACCAAAAAAUUUACAAGAUAUUCCAAGAACACUACAACCGAAUGAAAGCUCAGCUGAUUUGAUUUCUGUUGAAAAGAAUGCACAAAAUAUGCAUGGCAGUAUGGAUUCGUUGAGUCGAAAUGUUUCUCAAGUUGGCAACAAUCAUAAUCAUAUCGAGCACAAUGACAGUCCACUAAAAAUUAAAGCAAGCAGUACAAGUGAUUUAUCAUUUACAUCAAGUUCACAAUUAAAAUCAAAUGAAGUAUCUGGUUUACCCGAUCCACUAGAUCCAAAAUCUAAUCAAUUUUCGGCGAAUGCAAUUAGAAAAGGUAAAAAAAAUCGUGAUGAUGCUUCAAAACUUUAUAAAGGACCUGGAGGCUCUGAACUUCCAAAAGAAAUUUUAAAUGAAUUGAUAAUUUUCACAAGAAAACGUACAAAUGCUGUUAUUGAUGUCUGGUGGUUAUAUGAUGACGGUGGUUUAACACUUUUAUUACCACACAUUAUAAAUACGAGAAAAACAUGGUCAUCAUGUAAAUUAAGGGUAUAUGCAUUCGCUAAUAAAAAAUCUGAAUUAGAAUUUGAACAACGUUCAAUGGCCAGUUUACUUUCUAAAUUUCGUAUCGAUUAUUCAGAUUUAACUUUGUUACCGGAUAUUACAAAAAAACCACAAGAAUCAACAACACAAUUCUUUAAUGAACUUAUCAAGGAUUUUAUUGUUGCCGAUGAUAGUGCUCCUACAUCAGAGGAAGGUGAAUUAACUGCAAUUACCGAUAGUGAUUUGAUUGCAUUACAAGAUAAAACAAACCGGUACUUACGUUUAAGAGAAUAUUUAUUGGAGAAUUCAACAAAAUCUGAUUUAGUCGUUAUGACAUUACCGAUGCCACGUAAAAAUAUGGUAACAGCACCACUUUAUAUGGCAUGGUUAGAAAGUUUAAGUCAAGGAUUACCACCAUUUCUAUUUGUACGUGGUAAUCAAACAAGUGUAUUGACAUUCUAUUCAUAAAAAGGACAAAAAAAAAAAAGAAAAAAGAAAUCAUUAAAGAAAAUUUUUAGAAAACAAGGAGAAAAAACAAAAUAUAUAUAUUUUAGAAAAUUUUACAGACAACUCAGUUGUAUUUUAAUGAUGACACUAAAUUAUAAUUAUAAAAUGAAAAAGAAUAUAUUAUUUUUAUUUUUCAAAAUAAUUAAAAAUUAAAAACUAACAUUGUAAUUUUAAAUAUGUUAAAAUUAAAUUUCAAAAUCAAUUUUUUAAAAAGUUUUUUAAAAAUUAAUUUUAUUUUAAUAUGAGCUCAAAUUAUACAAAAACAACUGUCAUUCAGUUGUCAUUUUCGAGUACAAUCAUGUUAAAAUUUCAGUAUUUUCAUGGAAGUCUUCACAGAUUUUGAAAAACUUUUAACUAUAGAAUUUAAGAAUUCUUUGCUAUUUUUUAUUUUCUUUUAAAUAUUUUUAUUUAUUAAACAAAAAAUAUAUUUUUACACAAGACAAUCACUAUUUUAUUUUAAAUUUAAAUUAUUUUUCUUUUUAUUUUCUUAAAGACAAAAAUAACAAUUAAAAUUUUUUUUAAUUUAAAUUGGUUUUUAUUUUUUAAAUUUAUUUUAAUAAAAUUUUUUUCAAUCUAAAAAACUU